CCUUUCUCCAGGGUCAACCUGCGCUCUGUGUCUCUCCUAAGGCGGUAGGGCUUGGCUCCCCAAUAGCUGUGGCUGCCUGUGUGACCUUGCGAGUCUCGCCAGCAGGGGGCUUCGCUGUCGCCUGCAACCGAGCUUCAAGGGUGGGCGCCGAAUGUCAUGAGCAGUACCUCCGCCACCGAGCUCUUACGAUGUCUGGAGCAUGAACUCCUCUAGAGGAAGAAGCCGAGAGGCAGCAGGGCCCAAGAGUAGAAGAGCUCCCCGACCCCGGGAGCAGGACCGAGAUGUGCAGCUGUCUAAGGCUCUGUCCUACGUCCUGCGUCACGGGGCCUUGAAGCUGGGGCUUCCCAUGGAAGCUGAUGGCUUUGUGCCUGUGCUCAGCCUCCUGAAGCUGCCACAGUUCCACAGCUUCUCCACUGAAGAUGUACAGCGUGUGGUAGAUGCCAAUGAGAAGCAGCGGUUCACCCUGCGACCAGGAGACCCCAGCACUGGCCCCUUCAUCCGGGCUAAUCAGGGGCACUCCUUGCAGGUGCCUGAUUUGGAACUGGUGUCCCUUGAGACACCGCAGGCUCUGCCCCAGGUGCUGGUCCAUGGUACAUACUGGAAAAACUGGCCGUCCAUCCUGCUCAAGGGCCUGUCAUGCCAGGGAAGGACACACAUUCACUUGGCUCCAGGACUGCCUGGGGAUCCUGGUGUCAUCAGUGGUAUGCGCCGGAAUUGUGACGUGGCCCUGUUCAUCAAUGGACCUCUGGCCCUGGCAGAUGGCAUCUCCUUCUUCCGCUCUGCCAAUGGGGUGAUCCUGACUCCAGGAGAUUCUAAUGGCUUCCUGCUUCCCAAGUACUUCAAGGAAGCCCUGCAGCUUCGGCCUGCCCGAAAACCUCUCUCCUUGGCUGAUGAUAAAAAGACAGAGUGUCUGAGUGGCCCCAGAGGAAGGAUGAUCAAACAAUAAAAUAUUUAUUUAAAAACUUUUAA